AUGUCAGUUCCAUUUACAAUUGGACGUCUCAUUGAUUACUUUACCUCACCGAACCCGGACCUGUUUCUUGGGUUAACGCCUACUAUGGCAGCUGCUUCGCUCGUAGGAGUCUUUACCCUCGGAGCCUGCGCGAAUUUUGGUCGAAGUUUGUUGAUGCGCUUGUCGGGACUGAGGAUCAUCGCCAGACUACGAAAGGAUACCUAUGCAAGUGCCCUACGACAAGAGGUCAACUUUAUCGAAAACUCGGAGGGUGACGUCUUGAGUCGGCUUUCUGUCGACACGAACAUUGUCGGUGAAUCUGUCACCGGAAACCUGAGCGACGGCCUUCGUGCUGUCGUGACUGGCACUGUUGGAGUUGGCCUCAUGUUCUAUCUUUCACCUACAUUGACAGCUCUCAUGUUGGCAAUCGUUCCCCCAAUCUCUCUCGGUGCCGUCCUUUAUGGUCGCUACCUUAAGCGACUCUCCAAAAGGACGCAAGAAGCCCUUGGCAAAAUGUCUGACACGGCGCAAGAGUCAAUCUCUGCGCUUCGAACUGUCCAAGCAUCCAAUGCAGAGAAGCAUGCCCUGAAGCUCUUUGCUAAAGAUGUCGACUCGGUCCUUGGUCUUCAACGUAAAGAGGCUUUUGCAACUGCAACUUUCUACGGUUCAACGGGAUUAGCGGGAAACGUCACAAUCCUAGCACUGCUGGGCUAUGGUGGAACUCUUGUUUCACGAGGUGUCAUCUCUGUUGGCGACUUGAGCAGCCUAUUGCUCUACUCCGCGUACGUGGGAGGAAGUAUGGGUCAACUGAGCUCCUUCUUCACCACCCUCAUGAAAGGUGUGGGUGCGGGAACAAGAAUAUUUGACUUGCUUGAGCGUGAACCUGUCAUUGCACCAUCGAAAGGCACAGUACUAGAGGGAAGGGCAGUCGGUACAAUCAAAUUCGAGGGUGUGCGCUUUGCAUAUCCCAAGCGUCGCGACGUCCAGGUGCUCGAUGGGUUUGACCUCGAGAUUAAACCCGGAGAGAGCGUGGCACUAGUUGGAAAGAGCGGAAGCGGAAAGAGUAGUGUCCAAGCCCUUCUGCUCCGUUUCUACGAUCCCGACUUAGGUCAGAUCAAGUUCAACGGAACAGAUAUCAGAGACUACACUCCGGCGUCGUGGCGAUCACAGAUAGGACUCGUACCUCAAGAUCCAGUCCUAUUCUCUGGCACUAUUGCGGAGAAUAUUGCCUAUGACCGUCCGGAUGCCAGUCAAGCAGAGAUUGAAGAGGCCGCUCGUCUUGCCAACUGCGAAUUUGUUUGGGACUUUCCAGAAAAGUUCGAAACUAAGAUCAACAAGAAUAGUCUUAGUGGUGGCCAGCGACAGCGAGUUGCAAUCGCCAGGGCUCUGCUAAAGCACGCUUCUAUCCUCUGUUUGGACGAGGCAUCUGCCGCUCUAGACGGGGCCAGCGAGCACAAAGUCAACGACGCGAUCGCAAAGAUAUUGCAAUCACGAACAGUCUCCUGCCUUAUUGUCGCACACCGACUGUCGACCAUCCAACGCGCCGAAAAGGUUGCCGUACUUGACGAGGGGAGGAUUGUAGAAAUCGGAACGUACAAGGAACUCGCCUCUCGCGAGGGUUCAAAGUUCCGCGAGGUCAUGGGCGCACAGAUUGCGGCCGUAGAGUAUUGA